AUGGCACUGCAACACCCUUACCACUACCUUACAUCAGCAUCCAAUCCUCGUCGAAUAUAUCUUACACAACCAUCAGGUGAUAGGAAAGGGAGUGGCACUGGCACCCAAUAUGGAAGAUCACCUGCUGAGCAAUUCGCACCGCUAGCAUCAACAUUCCAACGACGGCUUAUAAUAGGCAUUGGGUCAGCUUCUUUAGUAGCUAUUGGUGCUAAUUUUACCGGAAUCACGAGCUUCCUCCUUGGGCUUUCACCAGAGACUGGGAGAAAUCUCAAGCUGGAUGUGCUUUAUCCAAUAGGAGGAUAUAGUCGCUGCAUUCAACCAGAUGAAGGAUUUGAAUUCAUAUAUCCAGCUACAUGGGUUGCAGACCAGACAUUACUGUAUAGAGCAGCAGAGCGGGCAGAACGAGAGAGAUCACUCGAUCCCCUUCCUCUCAGUUCUGGUAAACGACGCAAAAGAAAUGUGAAUGAACCAGUCAUUGCCUUUGGUCCUCCUAGCUCGACUGGUGAGCUUAAUGUCAGCGUGAUUGUUUCACCAGUCUCUGUAGAUUUCAGGAUAGAAGCAUUUGGAGGACCAAAAGAGGUAGGAGAAGCAGUUAUCAAAACUAUAACAGCCCCCACACGGCGCCCGGAUGUGAAGGCUACACUGCUGAGAUCAAACCUGCGGCAGGAUUUGCUAAAAAAUAUUAGUUAUUAUGAACUGGAAUUUAGGGUUGAUAGCCCCUCAUUCCAGCGCCAUAACGUGACUGUAUGCUGCGCCCAAAAUGGACGGCUAUACACACUGAAUGCCCAAGCCCCAGAAACAGCAUGGCCGGAAGUGGAAAUAGAAUUCUACAACAUGGCUGCUUCUUUUAGUCUCACUUCAUAACAUAUGCAUGUAAAAGAAUGUUGUAACGACGCAGGUUAAAAAUAGAAAUAAAGGAUCAGGAAAUAAAUUCACGUAGUUCGACCAAA